AUGAGCGGCCCGAGCGGCAAUGCGAACGAGCAGGAGGGCUCGAGCUCGGAAUCGAGCUCCGGCUCCAGCUCGAGUGAUGAGUCGGUCGAGCACGACGGCGAGGGCGCAGGAGAACAUCCAGGUGGGACGGAGUGCACGGAGGAGCACAGAGUAGUGCUCGGGGAGCGGGUGGACGAGCGGUUGAAGCAUAUCGAGCAGCAGGCGACGGGGGACGAUGGGGCUGUCGAGGAGCAGGAGGGCGGAGCGGCUGCGGAGGAGGGUGGGACAGGAGUGCAGCAGCAGGAGGGCGGGGCGGCGGUGCAGGAUUUUGGGAUAGGAGUGCAGCAGCAGGAGGGCGGGGCGGCUGUGCAGGAGGGUGGGGUCGCAGGGCAGCAGCAGGAGGGCGGGGCGGCUGCGCAGGAGGGUGGGGUCGGAGGGCAGCAGCAGGAGGGCGUGGCGGCUUCGGGAGGGCGUGGCGGCUACACAGGAGCGUUAGGUCGCAGUAAUAAGGAGACACCACACGGCCAGUGGCAGCGGACAGGCGGGCCCUUCGACCGGGCGCCCUUCGACGGCAGGCCAUUCGAUGUCGGCCAUUGCAUGCGGAGGCCAGGUCGUCGAGCUACUGCAGAGGGUCGCCGAGAGUCGUCGAAGAGCACACUGAAGAAGUGCGGCGACGCAGUAAACGGUGUCACGGAGGAGAGGAAGCUGUUGGAAGGGGCGCGCACGAAGCUCGACGAGAUGAGCGGGAAAAUCAUCGAGGGGGUGGCAGCCACUAUCACAAAGCGAGCGAGGACGUUGUCGAGAAGCAGCUCAAGCAUGUCGAGGAGUGGAUGGUUGUUACGGUCGUGA